AUGGCGUCCUUAUUACAAAGGAGAAUGCUCUCCAAGGAAGAGGAGGCCGCGGGACAAGAGGUCGAGGUCCGUCGUGAGGACCAGGACAAGAUCAACAGAUUCAGCAGAUUGAACCAAAGGGAACUGCUGCUGGAUGAGGAACUGAAGGCGAAAAACAAAGAAAAGGAAGAGCUAGACGACCUCACGACCGAACUCGAGCUUGCCGACGAAGACGAGAAAAUCCAAUAUAAAAUUGGCGACGCAUUCUUCCACCUGCCCCUAGAACAGGCCCAGGAGAUGCUGAGCACGGCGAUCACUCGAAUCGAAGAGGAGACCGAUACCCUGGAGGGCAAAAUAAGCACCAUUAAAGAACAAAUGGGAGAACUUAAAGUCGAUCUUUAUGCCAGGUUCGGCAAACAGAUCAACCUCGAAGUAUAG